AUGGAGUCCCCCAGCAACCCACACAAGCGACAGAAGCUCGGUUUCGAGAGAGAGAUCACUCUGAAAGAAGACGAUCCCGAUGCUCUACUCUUGAUGCUCAACUUUGCAUACGAUCAAAAGAUACCAAGUCUGGAUGACGUUGACAACGUUAUUCGUACUGCCCGUAGCAUCCGAGAUUGCUUAGGCUUGUACCGCGUCGCUGACAAGUACGACUUUCCUCAGUUCCUGGAUCGGGUCAUCUCAGUGUUCAAAUGUAGCAUUGGUUGGUGGUCGAUGCAAGUGCGAUCAGGCGACCCAGUCCCCAUAAAUGCCGUUUUACAUCAAGAGUUCUGUGGAUUCGUCAGAGAUGUCUAUGAUAUUGUUGGUUCGGAACAUCAUCCUAGUCAUCCAUUGGUAGAUGUGUUGCUAGGAUUUGCAGACGACCCGCGAUCCACAUAUAUGGUCAACCGCAUCGGUCGCCAGCCACUCAUAGCGUCGGCCUGUCGGGAAGUGGCAGAAUUUGGACGGGACAUCUUUCUCCAUUUGAUGGCAAAGACUGGAGUCUUACAUCAGGAUGGCGGUAUCGUGACGGAGGCACUCUGUAUCGCGGCUAGCAGAAGAUGUCCAGAAUGCGAGGAGAUUGUGUUGAUGGCCGAGCUGAAGGAAAAUGAUUGGAAGGGUCACUGUCCUCGUUGUGGUGGUUACCAACUAGACUGGCGGCCAGAAAUGCUGUCUUACGAGGAAGACAAAUUCAAACACACGCCCUCGCGCAAUCACGCCUCACCGCUCCAGACUGCAGCUGCUCAGCUCACUCGACUUGUUAUCGCACUCGCUCUUUACAUCGAAACACCACACCCUCCUUACCUGCCCACCAUGCCCGAAACAACCAAGGUCGUGCCCCUCACCUGCCACGGCCACUCGAGACCUGUGCCGCAUAUUCACUUCUCGUCCCUGGUCGACGAGGACCAGUACUACAUUAUAUCAGCAUGCAAGGAUAACAACCCCAUGCUCCGCGACGGAGUCACGGGAGAUUGGAUUGGCACCUUCCUGGGCCACAAGGGCGCCGUCUGGCAAGCGAGACUCUCCUCGGAUGCCUCACUAGCAGCGACGGCCUCUGCGGAUUUCUCUGCCAAGGUCUGGGACACGCACACCGGUGAAGCCCUACACACUCUCUCGCACAACCACAUCGUCCGCGCCGUCGCGUUUCCCAAUCAGCCCCACCCCCAGAUCCUCGCGACAGGAGGCAUGGAGAAGAAAUUGCGCAUCUACGAUCUUUCACGUAGCGACGCGACGAGCUUCGAGAUUGGCGCAGGUGUCCACGCCGGAACCAUCAAGUCGAUCGUGUGGACAUCGGACCCGAAUGUCAUAAUCACAGCAGCUGAAGACAAGAAGGUGCGGUGGUGGGACUUGCGCCAAGAGUCUACAAUCGGCGAGCACGCCGUCGAAGGCACUGUUGGCUCUUGCGAGUUGGAUAACACCUCCUCGGAGGGCAUUUUGAGCGUGGCUGCUGGAAACAGUGCCUACUUCUUCAACAGCCAGUCGCCCGGAUCGCUCAUCAAAAGCAUCAAGACACCGUACGAGAUUGCCAGUGUGGCCCUGCACAAUGGCGAGCGGAAGUUUGUUACUGGUGGUAGCAACCAGAAUGAUACCUGGGUCAGGGUCUGGGACUUCAACGAGGAGAAGGAGCUCGAGACCAAUAAGGGCCACCACGGACCUAUCUGGUCGGCAAGCUUCUCGCCUGACGGAAAGCUCUACGCGACAGGCAGUGAGGAUGGAACAGUCAAGCUCUGGAAGUUCACAUCCGGCCCGUACGGUCUGUGGAAAUAG